GCUCACGGUGAUAACUAUACCGCAGGCAUCAGCAGAGAAAGUUCUCCUCUGGUGAUAUAAAUCAUAUCAGCGGUGUGCCGUCAGGUCAUAAAUCCAUUCGCUUUGCACUUGUGCCUCGCUUGACAGUAAUUCAGUUACAAUUUCAUUACUCGUCUGAAACUAGCUGUUUAUUCCAUUUCUCGGACAGGCUGCUGCUGACUCUACAUGCCCUCGACAGAAACACUGUUUUCGUGUUUUGACAACCAAACCAAGGAUAGUACUUUUCCUGCAGUUUACUGUCCUAGAAAUAUUUGCUUCAUCCAAGCCAAAGCAAGAGCUCGAGGAUUUGAAUUGUCAAGAUAUAAUCAGAGAAAGAGAUUUGAGGACCAAUAACAUUUUUCUGAGAUGAACCAGUAAAUACAUUUUUGGUGGGACGUCUUGAGCUCGACUCCACAUACUUGAACGUGGAUUUUAGUGAAACAUAAUUAUUUUGCACAAAUUGCAGGAUCUUGCCAGAAAUUGGAAUACCCACUCACCACUGGAAGCAGAAAGCACCUUUUAUCCCAUCUACUUGACGGAGACGACAUUCACCAUGUCUUUGUCAGAAGAGGUCAACACAACCGGAAGUGGUGGUGGUAAAGACUUCCGGUUCACCGAUUACAACCAGCGACUGGUCCUGGCCAUCACUUUCAUCGUCAUCUCCGUCGUCGGUUCGAUCGGCAACAGCAUUGUCAUUGCUGCUGUUGCCAUGUCUCGGAAACUUCGGACGGCCACCAACGUCUUCGUGGUCAGUCUGGCCAUCGCUGACCUCCUCACCAACCUUUUCCUCCCGUGGAACGUGAUUGCCUUGUUGAAUGAAGACCGAGAGCAAUGGCCGAUGGAAGAAUCACUUUGUGUCAUGGCCGCCAUCAUUCUCUACACGUGCGUUGGUUCCAGUGUCUACAGCCUGGCUGCGAUAGGUCUCAAUCGCUUCGUUUUGAUCACUCAACCCAUACACGUGUAUCACCACUACUACUCCAAGGUCAGAAUGGGCAUAAUGGUCAUGUUCACAUGGGUCAUUCCUCUGUUCCUGUCCCUCUUGCCGCUCAUCUUCGGUCUCGGACAGCUCGGAUACGACGCCAAGUACGGUACAUGCACUCACAAGACUUCACAUCCGUUGUCUGAUUACUACAGCUUGACCCAAGCCGUCAUCAUCUACCCGAUUCCUCUGACAGUCAUCCUGGUGUCUUACGUCGCCAUCUAUGUGCACGUCCGUGCUCACACGAAGACCAUCACAGAGAUUCAAGACACCUCAGAAUCUUCGUCAUCAACGCACAAACCCAAAAGGCGUGAAAGUACGGCUCGACGAUCGAUCAGCAAACGUCAGGUCGAAAUCACUAAGAACCUCUUUUAUGUCGUCUGCGCGUUUGUUCUUUGCAUCACGCCAUAUUGUGCUAGCUUGGUGAUUCCUGGUUCUGAGUCAUUCAUCCCAUGGGCAGGGGCCAUCAUCCUUAUGAACGCUUGCAUAAAUCCUGUCAUCUAUGCCACAAAACAUCCGCACUUCAAGAAGGUGAUGUUUGCAAUUAUCCGAUGUAGGCUUUCUGCAAUACCCGAACCAAGCUCAGACUGUUUACGCGCGCAAGGCCAACCAAUACCAUCAAGAUGAGCAUCGACAAAACGACGCUGAACACUUGAGCUUACUUGCACAUCUCAGGUUGUGAUCCUGAACCCAUCACGAAGUCGCAGAAGACUCCAUUAAUAACCAUCCUCACUGGACAGGUGGAAAUUGAACGUGCUUCACAAACAAACAAACAGCACAAGGAGAUGGUUGCAUCGGAUGGGUUAACUUCAUUCCGUGCCUGCCAAAGGUGAACGAAAGUUGUUACGUAUCGAAAAACAGUUCCUGCCUUGUACGAGGCAUGAGUCACUGAACUCCAGAGAAUUGAUUCGUCAACAAACUUGUUUGGGUGCCUUGACAAGUUCACGCUUUUUAUAAGAAGGACAGGUGCAUCGACCGAUGUCACAACAGCUUUGUAGUUGUGAAACCACGGAAGCUUGUAGAGAAAGAUGGGAAAAUGCGUAAGAAGUGAACAAACUCGACAUGACAGCGGACCAAAUACCAGGGGAAGAUUAGGUUUGCUUUUCGUCAGAUAGGAAGAUGAAAGGGCAUUGAAAUCUCAAACCGUGUGUCACUCUUUGCGGAUUAACAGAAAUUAAUCCGUUUCUGAAAUGUCCGAGCUUCGAAGUGAAAUCUUCGGUGGCAGUAGUAAAGUUCCGAUGGUGAAGGCAGUCCUUUUGAUGAUGUCAAAGGACUAAUUGAUUAUCAUGUUUGUAUACUGUCAUAUUAAAGGUUCACUGAAGGGAAUUAUAAUGGUAAAGUGGUGAAUGUAAAUAGUUUUAUAUUGCAAUCACAAUAACCAUAAUAAUGCUGUAUCAAAAAGGAAUAUCUACACAACUUUUGAUUGAGAACAAAAACCUCAUUUAUAUUUAUUUGGCAAUUUGUAAUAUUUUGUUAUAUCAUUAGCAGACAGCUUAAUAUUUUGAGGUGAAAAAGUAAUUUGUCGUAUCACAAUUUUUAUAAAAUCAAACUUGUAAACUUUUCUAAAAAUUAGGUCGUUUAGAUCAUAAAUUGGAAUUGCGAUAACCCAUGUAACCAUACUUGUCACGCCAUGUUAUUUUUUUUUAAAUUAUACUUUUUUUUAUCGAACUUUUAAAGUCCAUAUUAAGGUUAAUUAAACGAAAACAAUGGCAAAUCUUCCGUUGUAUUGUGUCUAUGAAGACAUGUAGACUUAACAUUGAAAGCAAAGUCAUGUUAAGAAAAAAUAGUUAUAUCUAUACAUGGAUUUUCGUCGGUGAAAAAAGAGAGAUAGAACGAGAGAUAGAGAGAGAGAGAGAGAAAGAGAGAAGGUAGCGAGAGGACGGUAAUUUGUAAAUGAUUAAUCUCCGAACAUCCUUUGGUGCUAUUUUACUUUAUUAUAAAUGGAAUUGAAAUGCUUCAUGUUUGAAAAUGUGCCUAUUCUGAACGAAUAUGACAGCGUCAUGUUUUUAGUCAUUAAUUUCAUUGUUUCUUUUUGUUCUUCGCUUGGAUGAAACAUGUACAGUGUAAAAAUGAUUUUGUGUGCUCUUCAGUGUAAUUUUCUGUAUCAUAGAUGACUUAAUUUAUGUGAUUACAAAAAAAAUCAUUAGAUUAUUCUAAAACGCAAGACAAAUUAUUUAUGAAAGUAGAUGUUUUAUUUAUAAGAUUCUUAGUGGAAAGAAUGUUUUGUGAAAGCAGCACUUUUUCAUUGUUAUAUUAUUCGAAAUCAAAUUUCGACUUGCAAGCAAAAUAUGAAAAAGGUUAUGUCCACAAAAAUCGUUCCUAUUUCGGAAUCAAGUUAUAUCUUUGCAAGCAAAGUUUCAAACUUUAUAAGACCAUUAUUGACAGAGAUUGAGUUGUCUUCAUACUACACCUGGGUUGGAAUGAUGAUCAUGUUUUAAUGACGUUAUAAAAAUAACGAUAUGUACUAAGUUCUUUCAAACAACCAAUGUUCCUUACAACGAAA